ACCUAUCUACCUUUUUCAUAAAUUAAAUUCAGUGGGGUCCUUUUUUUUAAUUAAACUGCGGUGUUUAUUAAAUGGUAUUUAAAACUCUGUGUUGGAUCAAAUUCCAACCGGCGCAAAAGUUUCCCUGAAAUCAGGAUUUAUUUCAAUUCAGACAGCCAAUAUUGUGUGCUUUUCGGCGACUUUUAGAAAAUACAGCGUCAGAUUUAUAUUGGCCACGGAUACAAACUUUUCAUAUUAAAACGAGUUAUUAUCGGCAGUCAUCAAUGUGGCCUCUUGAAUUCGAUGAGUCUCCAUUGGUUGACAAUGAAGACAGGAUUCAACCAACGAUACUGAAAUGGAGAUCACAGGGAGCCGAAUUCUGUAAAGUGCGCACGAAAAAUCAGGAACACUCUUAACAAGCGCGUAAAUAAGAGCGAGAAAAGAAAACACUACUGUUAUUUGCCGAAACCAGAAGGCAUUAUCAAGCAUUGCAAGUGCACUUUUUUCCUGAUCGAAAAGCCGAGGUAAGUUUUAUAUUUGACUUGGUUUUCACUGCAGAGAUCGAAUAGCGAUUCCAGUCAAAGACAGACGAGACUUGAUUUUAUAGUGUGAAAAAGGUUUCGCGGCGAUAUAUUUUCUAAUCAUGGGAAGGGCCGGACAGGAAAAAAUUUGGCUCGAGGUCAUAACGUACAGACCGAGCACAGAAAAGUCAAGUAAUCUCCCGUUUAGCCGCACCAAACUCAGUCAAUAAGUAUGUGACCGUCUUCCUCUCUUCUUUUAGCUUGCAUCUCGCGCGGCUGCACCACUUUUUCCAGCCCUGCUCACGCUAUCGCUUACGGCCCUCAUACACGGAUUUCCGCCUGCUUUUUCCCAAUAAAAGCGUUAAAAGGCCUGCAUGUAUCAUAUUAUAAAAUUUGUUACAUCAUGCAAUCAACUAUCAUCAUUGUUACAUUUUCUGUCAGUUGAUAAACUCAAUAUGUGGUUCUGGGUGUUUGGAUGGUUCCUUGUUCUGACAUCAGUGAUUGGCAAUGGACUCAUAAUUUAUCUCGUCAUCACGAAACCUCGCCUCCAUACCCCUGGUAAUAAUUUCAUCGUAUCGCUGGCCGUUGCCGAUCUCUGCGCAUCUCUAGCGUUCUUUCCACCCCAGUUUUGCGCUAAAUUCAUCUACACUAUUGACCUCAGCCAUGCAGGUCUCUUUUUCAAAGUCAGCUUCGCCUUCCUGUACUGUUCCAACACAAAUCUUUUCGCUAUGGCACUCGAUCGCUUUCUUGCUAUUGCAAAGCCUUUUCGGUAUAUCUAUUUAAUCACGGAGAAAACUACCUGGUCCGUGAUCGUUGCGGCUUGGAUUUCCCCGUUUUUGCUCUUCUUCUUUCCUGCCGUCUUCACUCACAACAACAAUCCAAAGUACACCAUGCUCGUGGAAAUCUCCCGAAUUAUUAUCUUCCAAAUCCUGCCCUUUGUUUUCUUUGUCACUGUGACGUUCCAUCUACUUCGCGUCGCCCAGAAGGUCAACAGCCAGAUCGGUAUAAUGACCACUCAGGUCCGGUACAACCAUGCCACGGGUGCAGUCAACAACAGGCCACCUGCCCUGUCCAAUGUACACUUCAGGGGUUCGACUGCUUUGAUUAUCAUGGUGAUGACCGCCUAUAAUGUCACAUACAUCGGCUGGAAUUAUCACUGUCUGUGUCAUCUCAUCGGUGUUUGUCAGUCUACCAAGACGCUGAAUCACAUAGUUUCUAUUGCACUGAUCGCCAACACUGCUGUCAAUCCAGUCCUCUACUCUUUUCUUAAGAAGGACAUUCAGAGGGAAUUUUCUAGGUUGUUCUCAGGGAAGGUGCUGAAUCCCACUGAAAUCGUUGGAAAGAGGCACGAGUCUUCUAGACCAACCACAAUCACAGGAAGGUAAUCAACCAAGGCAAUCCACGAUUGUUUUCGACACUCAAUCAAAAAUUGCUCUGUUAUUUAUCUCUUCGAUCCUUUUUAGCUUUUAACCCUGGCCUUAACCCUUGUACCCAAGCAAAAUACUGCGUCAAGAGUUAAAUCCAAUGAAAGUUGUUUUUUCUCUGCAGCACUAAAUAAAAUAAAAAUAAGAGUUGAUGAAUAAGGAUUAUGGUUAUAUUUAUUCCCACUGGAGAGGAAAUCAAUUUUCAAUAGGCUGAACCAAGUUCAUGUCCAUAGAGCAACUUCAUCAGUGUGGA